AUCAAAUAGAAGACGGAUGCUACUACAAUAUAAAAUUGUUAUGGCACCCUCACAUCUCGCUCUUAAAAACUUAAAAUCAACAUGUUAUCAUGAUCACAAAUAACUUACAUCAAACUUUUCGCUGGGCAAUCACAUACAUCUCUUUUUGGGCACUCAAAAUCUUCACACGAUAAAGCAUACUUUCAGGCUCCAUUCAAAAUGUUUUCAUUCUAUUUGUAAAUUUUUUACAGCAAAAAGUAAAAGUCUUGGCCCACAUUCAAACUCAUUAACCCACCAACGAAGAAACAACAAAACUAUUUCGAAAUCUCAUACAUCACACCACUUUCGGCCGGCGGCAGUAAAUAGUUUACCACAAAAUUACAGUAUAAACGCGGCACACAAAUUACAACAUCCGGUCGUAGAUGGAAAUUCCUCUGUUGAGCUGUUCGAUGUAAUUGAUGAAAAUGAGAAAAGCGGACGUACGUUCAGUUUUAUUGGCGACAUAAUUGAUAGCCUUACACCGCGCUGUGUGCGGCCGUGUACCAUGGAUGCCUAUCGACGCAAUAUUUGUUGUGAAACGGUGGUCAUAAUACCACCGCCGCCACCGAAUGUGUGCUGCCAGCCACAGCUUCCGAUGUAUCCGCCUAUUAGACCAUUUCCGACCAGCCUGCCACCCACCCAACUGACAACACAGACCCCGCUUGUCAUAGUGCCGCCGCCCACUCGACCUGUUGUAGUGCUGCCACCACCGUCACUGGCAUAUCCGCCGAUACAAAGUCCAUGUUGUGCCACAUGCACGACCUAUGGCUACUAUGGACCUCCGCCAUGCGUUCGUUUCACAUUGCCCCGAAAUGGACCAAGUCGUAUAUUGUUAUAUGUUCCACCAAUUGGUUGAAUGUUCACCACGCUUCACCCAUUUCGAUGUUCGUAAAGUUAACUUAUGUAGAAUAUCUGUUCGACAAUAAAUUUAAUUUCAUACAAAGGCUCCUUUGUAAUUUUAUUAAUUUACUUCAACAGCUUUUAAGAAAUCAUCUCAGCUCCAACAUAUGGCCCUUGGAGACUUUGGCGGCAGGAAGGUGCGUACAAAUUCCACCCACUCUGAAACCAAAUCCAUGGUAAAGACCGAAGUAACCGUCAUUCAGAAUAGCAGCACAACAAUUGACAAUACAAAUUCAACAGUUGAAGUUUUCACAAAAAUUGAUGAGGGCCAACGGAAUGGACGCACAUUCGAUUUAAUUACAAGUUUUAUGGACAGCCUCGUACCCCGUUGCGUUUAUCCCUGCACCAAGGAGGCAUAUGACAGGAAUCGGUGUUGUGAAACAGUGGUAUUGCCACCUCAACAGCCGCCGAAUGUAUGCUGCCAAUCACAGCCUCCAUUAACACCAAUGCCUCAACCACCGCUGCCGCCUCCAGUAGUUCCGCCGCAUCCACAAUUGCCAUAUCCUCCGCAAUUUCCCCAGCAACCACAACCUGUACCACCACCGUUUCGCCCACCAUAUCGUCCAUAUCCAUAUCCUCCUCAAGUGCCACCAGCGCCACAACCAACCCUACCGCCAUUUCGUCCCCCUGCCUCGUAUCCACAACAAAUGCCACCGCCACCGCCGCCACCACAACGCCCACCAAUUCUAGUGGCUCCAGCACCAACACCAAAUUAUCCUUUCUUACAGUGUUGUACAUCAUGCCCGCCAUCAACGUAUGGUUACUACGGGCCUCCUCCAUGUCAACGCAACAUUACACCAGGUACAACUUAUGGCCGGGCAAGGGUUUAUUUACCGCCAAUGGGAUAG